UUUUUUUUUUUUUUAGUAGAGACAGGGUUUCAAUAUGUUGGCCAGGCUGGUCUCGAAUUCCUGGCCUCCAGUGAUCCGCUAACCUUGGCCUCCCAAAGUGCUGGGAUUACAGGCAUGAGCCACCAUGCCCAGCCCAGACUGGGGUUCCUUGACUUAGCAAAGGGUUGGGCAAAAAGAUGUGGAGAUCCCCUCGCCCCAACCGAAUCCCAUCAUUAGCUCUAAAAUCAACAGCCCUAAAGGAGCAGAAGGGGGUCUGCUUGGAGAUCCUGGUUCCUUCCAUUUCCUUGAAGUCCGAACCAAAGUCAGAGCUGAAGUUUCAGCUAAAAUUGAAGCCAGGGCUAUUUGCAGAGGCUGCCGCCCUAGUGCGUCCGCUGGUGCUGGCCCAGGUUGGAGCUUUGCGCUACGGCCCUGCCACACUGCAGGCAGACGCAGGGGUUCUCGCUGCUGUGGGCCGCCUAGUGGAUGGGCAGGUGGGAGCUGUGGCCGAAGGUCUGGCCACACUCACCACCAAGCAUCAGGUUUCCGGACUUUGUGACUGUGCUGGUGCCGCAGCAGAUUCCAACUGUGCACAAAACUCUUACUACAAACAAGGCACUUAGAGGCCUUCUCACCCAUGUGGAGCGCAGAUGCUGCAACAGGUUGGAGCCAAGGCUGAGACUCUUGCCGCAGUCCCCUCAGCGGUAAGGCUUUUAGCGGUGUGAGCGCGCUGGUGCUGGAUCAGGUUGGAGCUGAUGCUGAAAGUCUUACCACCCUAGACACAGGCAUAGGGCCGAAGCGAUGGUCACACUCGGGGCAGGAGUACGGCUUUUCACCGGUGUGUACCCAGUGGUGCUUAACCAGAUCAGAGCCACAUCGGAAACUUCUGCCAUAACCCGGACAACGGUAAGGCUUGUCACCAGAGGGGCUGCCUUGGUGGUGAAUGAAGCCGGGGAGGCAGGCUGUGGUCAGUCCACACUUCCGGCACUCGCAGGUUUUGGGGCUUGUAGACGGUUGCUCUUGGCAAAGGCUUCUUCCUCCCCAGGGCUAGAGCCUGACCAUUUUCCGGGCGGGCAGCUGCCCCGACCACACCAGGAAGGGCUGCUCAGGCGGAGCCACCUCACAAUCCAGGGGUGACCUGGGGGCUCCCCGGGAUGCGAAUGUGCCGCUCCCCCGCCGCCCCGCCCCGUCCGGAUUCUCCCUCGCCUCUUCUGGCGCGGCCGACUGCGCUGUGGGUGAAGAACGCCCCGUUUCCUAGAUGCCAGCUCCUGAGCUCACGAGCACGUCCAGAGCGGAGGACACUCGGGACACCGGGGUCCAGCUCCGGAAACGGAAAAUUCCACAAGCCCGUCACUCUAGGAAGCGGCAGCGAACGUUCUCGGUAGGUUUAACCCUCUUCUUCCUCUGACCGAGCGAGGGCUCCCCGUCUGCGGCGCGGUCAGGACCCCGCACUUUCGGCCCGGCUCGGGGUUCUCGGAGUCCGUCCCAAGGCCGGGCCGCACCACCGCUGGGGGGCAGCGAAGCGAGCCUAGAGGAGGAAAGGCGGUCCCCGCCGAGUGCACGCCGGGGGCGGAGCACGGCACGAAGGCUCCGUGGUCGGACUUCUGGGCUGUUCGGAGGCCCCGGCCCACCUGGAGGGCCCUGGAAGAGUUUCCAGCGCUUCCCGAGGUAGGCGUGAGAAGCUCGACGCGGACCACAUCUCCCUCAUGCACCGCCCGCACGUCCCAGGAUGCGCUGCGAUUAAGUUCCGCUCCCUGGGAUCAGCGGCGAGAAGCGGGGCGGAGUCUGAGGCCCGAGCCAAGAUGGCGGCUGCGAAGCCAACCCUCACGGACUCGCUCUCGUUCUGCCUCGCGCAGCUCGCGGCGGCGGCCGGGGAGGCUCUGGGUGGGGAAAAGGACCCAGCGACCAACGAGACACCCCUGAGCCGCGCGCUCCUAGCCCUCCGCACGCGCCACAUCAAGGCAGCGGGGGGAAUCGAGCGCUUCCGGGCACGCGGCGGGCUCCGCCCCCUACUCGCGCUGCUACGGCGAGCGGCUGCAGCGGGUUCCGCCCCAUCCCAGGCAGGCCCCGGCUCCGCCCCCUCGUCGGCCGCGUCGGCAGCUUCUAGCCCCGCCCCCGCGUCGGGCCCCGCCCCCUCCGCUGUGUCGUCGUCUAGUCCUACGCCGCCAGUGCGCCUGCGCAAGACGCUGGACUUGGCGCUCAGCAUCCUAGCCGAUUGCUGUACGGAAGGGGCGUGCCGGACCGAAGUGCGCAGACUCGGAGGUAUACUCCCUUUGGUGACCAUUCUUCAGUGCAUGAAGACAGACAGCAUCCAGAACCGAACGGCCCGUGCCCUGGGGAACUUAGCCAUGGAACCUGAGAGCUGUGGGGACAUCCACUGUGCUGGUGCUGUUCCCCUGCUUGUGGAGAGCCUGACAGCCUGCCAGGACUCGCAGUGCCUACAGAGCGUGGUGCGUGCCCUCCGUAACCUGGCAGACUCACCCCAGCACCGCCUGGCCUUGGCACAGCAGGGAGCAGUGCGCCCGCUGGCCGAGCUCCUGGCCACUGCCCCAGAUGCUGCACUGACCUUAGCCCUCGUCCGUGCCCUCCUGGAACUCAGCCGAGGCUGCUCCCGGGCCUGUGCUGAGCAGCUAAGUCUGGGUGGGGGAUUGGGCCCACUCGUCAGCCUGGCUUCCCACCCCAAGCGGGCAGUACGCGAGGGAACCAUUCUGAUCCUCGCCAACCUGUGUGCCCAGGGCCUGAUUCGGCCUGCACUGGGCAAUGCUGGUGGCGUGGAGGUGCUGGUAGAUGAGCUCCGGCAGCGCCGGGAUCCUAAUGGAGCUAGCCCAACCUCCCAGCAGCCCCUGGUGCGGGCUGUGUGCCUCCUAUGUCGUGAGGCCAUCAACCGGGCCCGACUGCGGGAUGCUGGUGGCUUGGAUCUACUGAUGGGCCUGCUGCGGGACCCUCGUGCAAGCGCAUGGCACCCUCGUAUUGUGGCUGCCCUUGUGGGGUUUCUGUAUGACAGUGGGGCCCUGGGCCGGCUGCAGGCUCUGGGACUUGUGCCUCUCCUGGCUGGGCAGCUGUGUGGUGAGGCUGGUGAGGAGGAAGAAGAGGGAAGAGAAGCUGCUUCCUGGGACUUCCCUGAGGAGAGGACCCCUGAGCGGGCACAGGGUGGAAGCUUCCGGAGCCUCAGGUCGUGGCUGAUCUCCGAGGGCUAUGCCACGGGCCCUGAUGACAUCUCCCCCGACUGGUCUCCUGAGCAGUGUCCGCCCGAGCCCAUGGAGCAGGCCAGCCCCGCCCCCACCCCGACCUCGCUGCGGGCACCACGCACCCAACGCACUCCGGGCCGCAGCCCCGCCGCCGCCAUCGAGGAGCCUUGGGGACGCGAAGGGCCAGCCCUGCUGCUGCUGUCGCGCUUUUCCCAGGCCCCUGACCCAAGUGGGGCACUUGUGACCGGCCCGGCGCUGUACGGCCUGCUGACCUAUGUGACCGGCGCACCGGGCCCGCCCAGCCCACGUGCACUGCGCAUUCUGUCACGCCUCACCUGCAACCCUGCCUGCCUCGAGGCCUUCGUGCGCAGCUAUGGCGCGGCGCUGCUGCGGGCCUGGCUGGUGCUGGGGGUGGCGCCUGACGAUUGGCCGGCACCACGUGCCCGGCCCACUCUCCACAGCCGGCACCGAGAGCUGGGGGAGAGGCUACUGCAGAACCUGACGGUUCAGGCUGAGUCGCCCUUUGGGGUUGGGGCCCUCACGCACCUGCUGCUCUCUGGGAGCCCUGAGGACCGAGUGGCCUGCGCGCUGACCCUGCCCUUCAUCUGCCGGCCCUCUCUUCCCUGUAGGAAGCCCUCUCUGUGGCGCCGGCUGCUUCUGGAGCAGGGUGGCCUCCGGCUCCUCCUUGCAGCGCUGACCCGGCCGGCCCCACACCCGCUCUUCCUCUUCUUUGCCGCGGACUCCCUUUCCUGCCUCCAAGACCUGGUGUCUCCCACUGUGAGCCCAGCUGUCCCACAGGCAGUCCCCAUGGACCUAGACUCACCCUCCCCUUGCCUCUAUGAACCUCUGCUGGGCCCAGCCCCUGUCCCAGCUCCCGACCUGCACUUCCUGCUGGACUCAGGCCUCCAGCUCCCUGCCCAGCGAGCGGCCUCAGCCACCGCCUCCCCUUUCUUCCGGGCCCUGCUGUCAGGCAGCUUUGCAGAAGCCCAGAUGGACCUGGUGCCCCUGCGAGGUCUGUCGCCUGGUGCAGCCUGGCCUGUCCUGCAUCAUUUGCAUGGUUGUCGGGGGUGUGGGGCUGCCCUGGGGCCCGUGCCCCCACCAGGCCAGCCCCUGCUGGGUUCAGAGGCCGAGGAGGCACUGGAGGCCGCUGGCCGUUUCCUACUGCCUGGGCUGGAGGAGGAGCUGGAAGAGGCUGUGGGCCGCAUCCACCUGGGACCCCAGGGUGGCCCGGAGUCAGUGGGUGAGGUGUUCCGCCUGGGCCGGCCCCGGCUGGCUGCCCACUGUGCCCGCUGGACACUGGGGUCAGAGCAGUGCCCGAGGAAGCGGGGUCUGGCCCUGGUGGGGCUUGUGGAGGCAGCAGGUGAAGAGGCAGGGCCCCUGACGGAGGCUUUGCUGGCUGUGGUGAUGGGGAUUGAGUUGGGGGCAAGGGUCCCUGCCUAGACUGUUGACGUCCCCUGGGAAGGGGACCCAAGGAUAAAUUGGUUGUGAAGGAUCCUCCCUGAGACUGGCAAGGGAGGAGGCUGAGCAGAAGGAGUCGUCAUGGAGGAGCGUUGAGAACAUGGAACCGGACUCCAAGAUGACGAUCUAAAGACCCGGGAGCGAGAAGCCAAGGCCAGGUUCUGGGCGUAGGGCCCAGAGAAGCAGAACAGCCCAGAGCCCCAGGUGCCUGGCCUGGCCCAGACCUCUGGAAUUGAGAUUAAACACUUUGGAGUUGGA